AUGCCGACUCCAUUCCAAGACCUCGAUCCAGCCGGUGUUUCGCCUGAAGAUCGCAUGAAUGCACUCCGAGGCUACAAGGCAACAACAAACAAUCCCCGCGUUUCAGAGGAAGCGAAGCAGCAUGCCCGCGAAAUGAUUGAUGCUCUUGGCGGUGAUCAGCCGCGAGCCGAGAUGAAGCAGUUCGAUCGUGAGAAGGAUCAGACUCGUGUCGUUGGUGGAUUGAAGGCGUCGAUUCGGAAUCCCCGAAAUUCCGACGCGGGCAAGAGCCGAGCACAGGAGAAACUUGACGAGAUGAGUGGGACCUUCUGA